AUGUCGAACAAAGCAGGCUGGAUCAAGAAUCCCCAGGGGACAAUUCAGAUCGAGCCUGUAGAGCAAUGGGGUCCUGGCCGUGGGGAACUGUUGGUACGGGUUGAAGCAGCCUGCUUUAACCCCAUUGACGCCAAAAUCCAGAGGUUGGAUUUAUUCCAAUCUCAGUAUCCCCUCAUCCUCGGAUUCACCUUUGCGGGAACGGUAGUCUCUACAGGGCCCGGGAUAAAUUCGGUGCAACCUGGCGACCGGGUGGUGGUGGCUCGCUGGGGCCAGCAGGCGGGCGAGGAUCCCCGAUUCGGUGCCCUCCAGAUGUAUGCACUGGCACUUGAGCAGAACACCCUGCGAUUAGACCCCGAGACCACCUUUGCUGAUUCCGCUGGUCUGAUCGCCAAUCUGGCGACCGUGAUCUCCGCCCUCACAAUCUACAUGGGUCUUCCGAAGCCUCCAGUCGCCGGCACGAAACCACCCACGGGAAAGAAAAUUCUCGUCUACGGCGGUUCAUCAGCAGUGGGGAGCCUCGCGGUCCAAUACGCGACGGAUGCUGGAUAUGGAGUUGUUACUACCUCGUCCGCGGCCAACAGAUCCAUGGUGGAGAAACGCAACCCGACGCAUAUCAUCGAUCAUAGCCGCCCCGACGAGGACGUGAUCCGCGAAAUCCGGGAGAAUGGGCCUUACGAGGGAAUCUUUGAAACAAUUGGCUCCACCACAACAACCCAACGCAUGGUGGCAUUACUGCGCGAAACGGGAGGCCGGUUCUUUUCAACCAGCCCUUCCCCUGGGGAUGAGGCCAUCCCUGCAGGUAUAGAAAAGCUGUGGGCCGGAUAUUCUGAGACACUCGUAUCUCAGGCUGCACAUCGCAAAUUGCGCACAUGGUACAUGGACGCAUAUCUACCGGCUGCGCUGAAAAAGGGCUCGAUAUGGCCAAAUCCGGCGUUGUGGCUCGAAGGAGGGCUUAACUCCGCCCAGAAGGCGUUAGACCUCCUCUAUGAAGGUCAUAUUAGCGGCCGAAAGGUUUUUAUCAACCCACAAGAGUGA